GACAGAUUCUAAUCAAAGAACUGUCAGUGGGCUAAUGUUUUGCAGUAAAUACAAGGUAAAUAUUGUGAAUCAUGUCUAUGCAGGGCUUGCAUACGGAUUGCAAGAGGAUUAUAGCAUCCUUGUCUCAUCUGAAGAACGCUGAUCUGGAUGAGAUCAUGAACGACGAUGAGAAGAUUGAGAGCCUGAUAGGGAAUUUGGAUCAGUGUUAUCUAAUGAAUUUGGAAUCCGAGAAGGAGAGGAUCCUCACCAGCAUAAAUUCAUUGAGCGAUGCCAACUUGGCCAGGGAACCUGAGCUUGUUGAGGGGCGUGAGAAGGUUGAGGAGCUCUCUGCUGAAGGUGAAGAGUUGUCCAAGACGGUGGAAGAAAAAUACAAGGAUUUGAGAGAUAAAGGUGGUUUUAUGUCGACGGAAACGGCGCUCGCUUUGCUGCAGACUGCGGCCAGCGAAAUGGAGGAGGAGUCUGAUGAUCUUGCGAAGAGUUUCUUGGACAGCGAUAAAGAUUUGGACAGUUUCUUGGAUGUGUUCUUGGUGAAGAGGAAGGUGAUGCAUAUGAGAUUGGUGAAGGCUGAGAAGAUGGCUAAGCUGAUCUCGCAGGACGGGUUUUAUGGACAGACCAACUACAUCAAUGCUCCACCCAUGAACAUCAACAGUAAUUAUUUUCCUGGAGUGCCAUCAGUUGCACCCAACGCUGUGCCUUAUCCUUCGGGGCCCAUAAAUAUGCCCAUGCCAGAUAUGAAAUUCUUUCAAAAUUAUUAGCUCAACCAUAUAUAUUAUUAUUUUUAAGUUAUUGAUGCUAAUAUUUUUAAAACAUAAUUUUUUAAAUGUACAUAAGUAUUUGUUCUCUCUAUUUUUUUUUGUUUAGUUCAAAUGAAAUGCAAUUAGCGCACUGUCAAUGUAAACGCGCACAAGUUGUAGUUAAGCCUACAAGUGCACUAAGCUAAUAUAAAUUAUAUAUGUAUAUGAUAUAAAGGGGGACCGUCGUCUCGUUGUUUUGCGCUAAUUGGUAGAUUGUAAUUAGCAGAUGAAAUCAAAUACACCAAUGUUCAAUAUAAUUAUUCAAGUGAUAAAUAUAUUAUGUAUUCGUUUAGAUAAUAAAUUAUAUU